AUGACUCCAACGCAACCAUUGGAUUUUGCUGCCGGGCCACUUGUAUGGAUUGACUGCGAAAUGACUGGGCUCGACCCACGCGCCGACAAGAUACUCGAGAUUGCAGUCCUCAUAACCAACGGUAAUCUCGAGCUUGUAGACGAAGGAAUUGAGUUCGUCAUUCAUACAGACCAAGCAGUGCUAGACCGCAUGGGUGAAUGGUGUACAAGGCAGCACGGAAAUGUGUUCUCAAAUAUUCCUCACAUUCUCACCCUUCUGAACUGA